AUGUCUAAACCAAAUUACACAGGAACCUUUCACAUGGUGUCUCAAGAUAACUUCGAGAACUACCUCGCAGCUUUGGUGUGUAUGUUGAAGCUCACUAAACAGAUAGUCCAUGACCCGGCCACGGGCAGUAUGAAGAUCCGCACACUCACCACCUUUAAGGACUUUGAUAUGGAUUUCUAACUGGGUCAGGUCUUCACCGAGGACCUGGGACCUGUGGAUGGACGAGUCUGUCAGACCACAGUGGACUGGGAGGGUGAUAAGCUGGUGUGUGUUCAGAGAGGAGAAAGAGGAUGGACACACUGGCUGGAGGGAGACAAGCUACACCUGGAGAUGAGAGUUGGAGAUGUGGUCGCCAGGCAACUCUUCAAGAAGGCAGACUGAAACCACUGGGAACGAUCUCGUUCAUCAACUUCACGUUCAUGAUUCUCAUUAGAAAACAGUCUAGGACUUGGUAUAUAAGUGCCAUAGCUUUUUAAAUAUGAUCAUCAUUGUUUUAAAACCAUUACUUAAUGGACAACAUUUAAGAUAUUUUUUAAUUUGUGUGGUAUUUCAUUGUGGGAAAGAUUGUCAAUGGUCUAUUUUGAAUGUUGUCAUGGUACAGUGCAGGGUGAAUUGUGUAAACAUUCCCAAUGUGUUUCCUCGUAUAGCACUACGCUAGUUCACAAUGCCAUUGAAUGUUCCCUUUUGUGUUGUAUGUGGCUGUUCUGUGUCCAAAUAUACCACCUGAUGCUCCACACUAUAAAUACAGAUGUUGUCUCUUUAUGGAA